AGUCCACUCUGAAUAUUCGACGUAAUGAGUAGCAGCAACAGCAAUCCGGAUAGUGGCGAUGUGGUGCUAGUCACCGGUGGCAGUGGAUUUUUGGGUCAACAUCUCAUUAAGCAAUUGCUGGAGAAUCGCAAGGAACUGAACAUUAAGGAGAUACGAUCAUUGGACAUUGUGCCCUACAAGAACAACAUUGGCCACUUGGAAACGCCGUCAAUAUUAAAGACAUUUGUGGCCGAUAUCACCGAGGGGAAUGAGAGCGAGACUCUCAAUGGGAUCUUCAAGGGAGUGGAUGGGGUAUUCCAUUGUGCGGCAUGGGUGAAAAUCGAAUAUCCCCCGAACUAUGAGCAACUGGAGCGAGUUAACAUUAAAGGCACACGCACCGUGGUCGAUCUGUGCAUAAGAAACAAUGUGAAACGUUUGGUCUACACCAGCUGCACGUCCGUAUGCUUUGUGCCCUUCAAGGGGCGCAGCACUUUUUCGGCUGUUAUCAAUUCCACGGAAUCAAAGACAGAUACCCCCUCGUUAGAGAAAUCUACCACAAAUCUUUGGGAACAAGAUGGUCAAUUUCUUAUUGCUGGCUAUGCCUCAAGCAAACUCAGAGCUGAGCAUAUUGUCCUAAAUUCCAAUGGUGCUCCCUUGCAGAAUCAAUUGGAUUAUCUGGCCACCACAGCGAUAAGGGCUCCAUUGACCUAUGGUGAAUGUGAUUCGCAUUUCAUUACCAAAGUCUUUGAGUAUUUAUCGAAACGCGGAUGGGUUUUCCCUCGAAUUGCUGGAGUUGGUGGCAAGCAGCAGCUGGUCUACGCGGGAAAUGUAGCCUGGGGCCAUCUCUGUGCCUACAAGGCCCUGAAAACCUCUGGGAAAGCUGUCAACGCUCUGCCCAUUUUCGUCACCGACGACACUGGCAUCAAUGAUGUGUCGCGUUUCGUACAGAAAAUGGCAUUGCUGGGCGAACGGGUCAAAGUGAAAACCAGUUGGUGGUACCUGCCCCACUUUCUUUUCUACUUCCUCGCAUUUCUCUUGGAGUUUGUGGUGCGUGCAGCAUUCCCUUAUACCAAAUAUCGUUUGGCCUACUCUCCGCGGGCAAUCGCCUCCUACACUUCUUCAAUGCUAAUGUACAAUCGUCUGAGAGCUUCCAUUCACAUGGACUAUAUGCCCCUUUACGAUGCGGAUGCGAGUGCGGAUCGAAGUGCCAAAUGGUAUGCCCACUGGUGGGAUGAGAAGCAGCAGCAGCACAAGAAGCAGAAGAAGUCCAGUUGAGGUAUUCUCAUCAUCUUUUCGGGUUGCGUAUUAUGUAGUCUAGUGUACCAUUGCUGUUGUCCUUGUCCCACAUUAGUUUGUUAUCAUUUUUGUACAAUUAUUGUUAUUAAAUGGGUUGUGUGUGUUUCGUUCUUUCUUUUAAGAAGAAAAUAAUCAUAA